GUGAUAGUUGUGAUUUCUGACCCUGCAGCCUGUAAAACAGGCCUGAGAGUCAGAGGUGAAUAUUGUGUGGUCUUUCUGCUGCUGCAACUGCCACUUAAUUAAUGGCCCAUCAGGGGGAGGGGCCGCCCCCCCCUGCUCUCAGCCACUCAGACGAACAGGUGGGGGAAGGGCAGCUUUCUGUGAGAGCAGGUCACCUGCAGGUCUCACAGAAAGCUGCCCUUCCCCCACCUGCACGCGGAGCUGAAGCUCAGAGCUGAGGCAUGAGGCGAGAGGAGUGUGAGACAGGUUUCAAGGCUGCAGCAGCACACUCUUGGAAGGAGACGCUACAGCUAGCGGCCUGCUAGCUUUUGAAAGACUGGAGCGACUCAACUAAGGAAAAGACGACUUUUAAACUUUCUGUGCAGGUAAGAUCUUAUCAAUUCUAAUUUUGAGCCUCCACAUGUCACUUAAUGUGGUUUGAGCUAAAUUAUUUUGGCAGGUUUAGACUUUUUAUUGCAGAACGGAGUUGCCAGUUCUAGUAAAUUCUAACUACUAACUUAAUUGUCAUGCACUAUAUUUUGUAUAACUAUGUGAACAUAUAUUUGUUUAGAGAUUUAUCAGCUUUUAACAACAUUGCAGUGACACCAUUUAAAGUCAGUUUAUAUAUAUUUUCUGAAAAUAAAGUGGACACAUGUAUAACUCCAUUUAAAACUGUUUCAAGCAUUUUUAUAUCUAGUCUGAUUUGUUUUUCAAAGACUUAGUUUGUAGAACUACUUGAAGGGGUUUAUUGAAGAGAAGUGUUUUAUGUGCUAUAACAGGCUAUAGUCUUUAACAUGUUAAUUAGGUUUAUGGGCUAUCACUGACAUUUGUGGGGGGAAAAAGAGUGUAAUACUUUAAAUGUAGUUAUAAGACACUACAGCAGAGACACUGCAGAUAAUGCUUAACAGUCAAACAGUUUUUAUUUUUAAUCUAAAGGAGCGGUGCUCUCAUGGCUCGUUUAUAAAGUUUCAAUCUUCUUUUUGGUUUUAGGUCCAGAAAUUGAUGGGAGUGAGAAAAACACAGUUGGACUGUGACUUUGAGGAGUCAGGAAGUGAUUCCUCUGGGUCUGAAUUAUGCAGCAAGAUGAACCCAGAUUACAUAAGAAAGCUUCUGUACACAAUGGAACAAGGGGCCUCCACCUUCACGGGAAAGACACAAUUGAUCCUCCUGUCUCUGAUGGAGGUUCUGACCUCUUGUCCCCCAAAAGGAGACUUGAGUCCCUCAGUGAAGAUGGGAGUUCAGAUGUAGAUGUUCUAGAUCUGAGUCCAGGAACAAGGUUGGUGAAGAGGCCCUCACAGAAGAAGAAAAGACGUAAAAAGACCAAGAACGUGGAAGCAAUGGAUGGAGGUUCUGACCUCUUGUCCCCCAAAAAGAGACUAGAGCCCCUCAGUGGAGAUGGGAGUUCAGAUGGAGAUGUUCUAGAUCUGAGUCCAGGAACAAGGUUGGUGAAGAGGCCCUCAGAGAAGAAGAAAAGACGUGAAAAGACGGUGGAAGAAAUGGUUGUAGAUCUGAGUCCAGGAACAAGGUUGAUGAAGAGGCCCUCACAGAAGAAGAAAAGACGUAACAAGACCAAGAACGUGGAAGCAAUGGUGCCGCCCACAGUAAAGGUGAAGGUGAAAGACCGUGGAGGGAAGCAGAGAGGAGUAAAGGUGAAGAGACCGUGGAAGGAAGCAGAGAGGAGUGCGGUAAACAAACACAUGGAAAAGUUUAUAGCAGAGCGCCGCCUUCCAGGUAAAGAACACUGCAUGCGAUGCAUAAAAGAGGAGGAAGCCUUGGGUCAAAGGUCCUGGAAGGAUGUAAAGAAGUUUGUGUACAACACAAAUGUUAAGUUAAACCGGAGGGGUGCUACACGGCAGCUUCAUCUUUGAAGAUCUGUGUUGUGCAAUAUAAUGUUGUGUUCUAGUUGUCCGGGGCAGUUCUCAAAACCAUAGCAAUAACGCCUUUGUUUUAAAAAUCUAUUAAUUGCACAAAUAUUUUUUUAUAAAAUAUCAGAAAAGAGAAACUACGAAGGGAAAUAUGGUGAGCGCGCAGAUGUGAUGUAAAUGCUUGUAGAAUAAGAUUUGAGAACUUCUGUACUCACUUUUUUCCCCCACUUCAGUCACUUUUCCAGUACAACACAACUCAGUGAUUCAACCUCUGGAAUCUGUAACUGCAGCUUCUCAUAAUAUAUCAUAUUAUAUUAUAUUAUAUUAUAUUGUAUGCAGUGUGCUCUCUCCAUCACACAGUGGCGAGUCUGCGCUCUCGAGUUCUGCAAGUCUUCUUGCGAUACAUUUGGUGCUAAAAUUUGUACCUGUGGACUUAGUCUGUAGUCUGUGGAGCUCUGAGCCAACAGGACGGGGGGGACAGCCGGGUUUCUAUCGCCUGAUGAGAGACAACUCAGUCCGGCUUAUUUGUGUAGCAUGAAGGCUAGCGUUAGCUAACUAGCAGCCAGUCCACUUCUAAAUACUGUGAAUACAUUUUAAUUAUUUCAACACUUUAACAGUCACACUGGGACACUGAGGAGGGGGUUUCCAGGUCCUGCAGCCGCAGAUGGACAGUCGUCAGUGGGUAUUAGAUCACGUCGAGGUUGGCAGGGGAUCUUUCUAGUGGUGUUUCCACGCUGGCCCCCCCCACUGACGGCGGUCCGCCUGGGGCUGCAGGACCUGGUGCCCCCCCCGGGACUGUUAUAAGUGUUGAGAUAAUU